AUGAGGGUCUCGCGAACUAUCUAUCUCCUGUGUUUUAUCACAAUCGCCGCCCUCACAUUAUUCAUCCUCCGAAAACCCGACAUAGACACCGGCCCGAAAGCCCCGUUUGAAAAGAGCUUGCCCGCCGACUUCGAAACCCUACUACAACCGACGACCGAGGAUUCGCAUCCGAUCGCACGACUCAUCAACGAUGCAAACACGAAAUUCGACGAGAAACUAGCUCGCCAGUCCAAGACCCUGACGGAGGCAGUGGAGGAAUAUCGCCGUCGUUAUGGAAUGCCGCCGCCGCCGCAUUUCGAUAAAUGGUUUUCGUUCGCGAAGAAGAGGGGAGUGCAAUUGAUCGAUGAAUACGACACAAUAUACCAUUCACUACUUCCGUUCUGGGCUUUGUCACCGAGCGUUAUUCGAAGUAGGGUCCACGAAGCUCUUGGCUACGACAAUGCCCUGAUUGGACUUUUGAUUCGGGAUGGUAUAGUGACGAAGGUCGAGGGUGGAGGGGAUGGUUAUCAUUGGCAGCGGGAGGCCACCGCUGGAAUGUUGGAGAGUUUUCUGAAAUAUCUACCUGAUAUGGACUUGGCUUUCAAUAUCCACGAUGAGCCUCGAGUGGUAGUCCCUCAUGACGACCUCCAGAGAUUGAUAUCUUACGCAAAAGACACAGUAGUUCCUGCUACUUUUGAGAAAACUUCUUUACAAAAUAAGUGGUCACCAAGACCUGCGGAUCUGAAUAAAGGAGAUCGGAUUGAGGAAGUCAGGACGACUCGAUUCAACAAAUUCGCCCACCAACCUACAUGGACUCAUUCCCGUCUCUCCUGCCCAGUAGAUAGUCCUGCACGCUCGCUCGAUGAAAAUGUGGCGGAUAAUAUGGAACCUUAUGCGACAAGCGAUUUAGGCUUUGUUUACAACACCACCGCUUUCUCUGACAUUUGCUUGUCGCCCUCUUUAAGAAAGACUUUUGGAUUCUUCGACCGACCGAAUGCUUUCAACAUUGUCCACGAUCUUUUCCCGAUUUUCUCUCAGAGUAAAAUAUCUAGUUUUCAGGAUAUCCUAUAUCCCAGUCCUUGGUACUGGAUUGGGAAAGUCACCUACAAUGCGUCACGCGAUUAUGUCUGGGAGGAUAAAAUUGAUCAAAUGUAUUGGAGAGGAUCGACUACUGGAGGGUUCUCGCGAGACGGGGGAUGGCGCCGCCAGCAUCGACAAUUGUUUGUCAAAAACAUCAAUUCCGCAGCGGAUGCAAGCAUUUUCACCCAGAUGGAAGAUGGGAGAUGGAUCACUAGCAAUGUUCCUCGCCAAGAUGUCAAGUCUCUCUUCAAUGUGACUUUCACAUAUGUGGGCCAGUGUGAUCCAAGCGACUGUCGCGCACAAGAAGAAUACUUUGACAUUUCCCCAUCUGUCGAUCAGCAAGACGCGUGGGCUUAUAAAUAUUUGUUGGAUAUCGAUGGGAACGCCUUCAGUGGACGCUAUCAUGCCUUUUUACGCAGCAACAGCUUGAUUUACAAAAUGGCCGUUUUCCGCGAAUGGCAAGACGAGUGGAUUGAUGCAUGGGUGCAUUAUGUUCCGUUGGGGAUGAAGGGUACAGAUGCGGUGGAAAGUGUUCGUUAUUUUGCGCAUGAAGAGGAAGGUAAGAUUCAGGCGCCGCGAUUGGCCAAACAAGGCAAAGAAUGGGCACAGAAGGUGCUUCGAAACGAAGAUCUUGAAGUUUGGUUCUUUAGGCUGUUACUAGAGUACGGGCGACUGAUUGACGAUGAUCGCGAGAACAUUGGAUACAUGCCAUGA